UCCCUGCAUCACCAGAAGACAAUACACAGUGCAUCAUCCAGGAAAAAAGGUAAAGACCUCCCAGUUAAACAUGACACGAACAAUCACAUUGCUGCUGAUAUCCCUAAGUGUGCUCCUCGCUCUGGUGACCACAGAAUCAGAAAUCAUCUGUGCUGAAGACAAAGAACGUGAUUAUUGUGGGAGCCCCUGUCCACCAACCUGCGAUAACCCGAGACCUAAUUGUAUGAAAAAGUGUGCUAUAGGAUGUUUCUGCAAAAAAGGCACUAUAGAUAAUGGCUUAGGUGAAUGUGUGGAAACUGACAAGUGCAAGUCCUGUAGUGGCAACACAACAUUUACCUCAUGUAUCAAUCCCUGCCCUAAACUAAACAAUCAUUUCAAAUGCCUAAUACCUUGUCGGGAAGGCUGCAUCUGUAAAUCCACCUAUGAGCACCUACCUGGCAGCAACAUAUGUGUCCUUCCUCAGGAUCUCCCCCAAAGUGGCUCCAACAAGUAAACUGUCCUAUUUGUGUGUUAUUAGAGCUCAUCAAAAUUUAAAGUGUCUAUAUCCAAUUAUAUUGAGAUGUUUCUAAUGAAAAUAAAGUGAUUGCAGUAA